GAAUAUAUCAAACUCCAUUUGUUUCUAAGAAAAAGAUCUCCAAUCGAAUGGCAGGAGCAUCUUCUAAUUGGUCUUCUAGUUCUAGUAUAUCAUUCAUCCCAACGGGACCUCAAGUGUUCAUCAAUUUCCGUGGAAAAGAUCUACGCAAAGGCUUCAUCAGCUUUCUUGUCCCUGCCUUGCAAGAAAAAAACAUCAACGUGUUUAUAGACGAGCAUGAGAAGAGGGGCAAAUACCUAAUCAGCCUGUUCGAUAGGAUAGGUGAGUCUAAAGUCGCGUUGGUUAUCUUUUCUGAAGGAUACACCGAGUCGAAAUGGUGUUUGAACGAGCUGGUAGAGAUCAGGGAAUGCAUGGAUCAAGAAAAACUCAUAGUGAUCCCAAUCUUCUACAAGCUUGAGCCCGAGGUGGUGAAACGUCUUAAAGGAAAUUUCGGCGAUAAAUUCAGGGAUCUGGAAUAUAUAUAUCAAGAUCAACCAGAAAGAGCCCAACAAUGGAAGGAAGCUAUUGUUUCUGUUUGCCAAAAUUUUGCCUUGACCUUGCCCGAAAACAGUGAUAAAUCCGAUAAAGAUUUCGUAAGAUUAAUCGUCAAGGAGGUUAGGAAAGUGCUGCGGAUACCAAAUACAUCCAAAGGAAGAAAAGGAAAAAUAAGAGAAAAUGAUGUUGAGGGUUUCCCAGUUCCUGCAAGUAAACUCACUAUCACUAUGCGCGAGACACCAAGUGAGGAAGCCGUUGAAGUUUCGUUGCUCAAUGAAUUUUACUGGCCUGAUAACAUGUCUGGAAAUUCUCCAAAUAGGAAACAAUUACCAGAGCAAUCGUACGAGUUUAAAUUCUGGGUUCUCAAUAGACCACAAGGUAAUGUUUUCAUGAUUGACGCAAGGGAGCUUUCUAUUGCAUGGUCAGAUAACUCCAACCAUUGGAUUUGGCUCACUCUCCCAAACCAAAAUCCAAAUGAAUCAGACGGGGAAGUUGCGUAUUUAAGAAACGUUUGCUGGCUAGACAUAGCCGGAAAGUUUGACACACGAUAUCUGUCCCCGAACACAAGGUAUGAAGUAGUGUUCGUGGUGAUGUUGGAAGACACAACAUUCGAAUGCGAGACACCGGUGAAGCUGAAGCUGGACUUACCUAGUAAUAGGGAGAAUCCUCAAGAGUGGAGUAUGGACAUGGUAGAUCACAUAACUGACGAAUGGAUUGAUAUUCCAGUCGGCGAGUUCACCACAUCGAAGAAAAACGUCGGAGAAAUCUCUUUUGCAAUGUACGAACACGAGUCCCUACUGUGGAAGUCAGGGCUUUACGUCAAAUGUGUUGCCAUUCGUCCCAAACACUAGCGUGUGCUAUUGUGGUUUGUUAUUUUUAAAGAGUUAACUGUUGUUUAGUUUAU